UUAGCUCCGCCCCUUGAGGCGACAAAGUCUCGCGAGACCUGAGAAGGAGGCGGCGCGGCUGUGGUUUAGGCCCCGCCCCUUCCGGUGUUGUUGCUAGGCGUCGGGAUGGGCUCUUCCUCUCCUUCUGCUUUUCCUCCUCGGCUUUAGUCCGAAGGGAAGCAGGAAGGAGGCGCCAUGUCAGCGCCCGGUUCCCCGUCGUCCCCCGGCCCCCGCUGGGCGCCGACCCACGUCCAAGUGACGGUGCUCCAGGCGCGGGGUCUGCGCUCCAAGGCGAAGGGCGGAGGCGGCGGCAAUGGAGGCAGCAGCGACGCGUACGCGGUGAUGGCGCUGGGCAAGGAGAAGUUCGCCACCUCGGUCUCGGAGCGCUGCCUGGGGGCCCCCGUCUGGAGGGAGGAGGCCACCUUCGAGCUGCCGCCGCCGCCCAGGAGGGGCCUCGGGGGCCUGGCCGACGGAGCGGGGAGCCUGCCCACGACGGCCCUGCUCCAGCUCACCGUCUUCCACAGGGCCCUCCUCGGCCUCGACAAGUUCCUGGGCCGCGCAGAGAUCAGCCUGGCCGAGGUCCAGGCCGAAGGAGGACGGAGGACCAAACGAUGGUACAAGCUUCAUUCCAAGCCAGGAAAGAAGGAAAAAGAGAGGGGGGAAAUUGAGGUGGAUAUCCAGUUCAUGAGGAGCAACAUGACAGCCAGCAUGUUUGAUCUCUCCAUGAAGGACAAGUCCCGGACUCCAUUUGGCAAGCUGAAAGACAAACUAAAGGGGAAACGUGGUAAUGGACUACCAGACACAGCUUCCGCAAUUAUUCCUGGCAUUAGCCACUCUCCAGCUGACAGUGAGGAGGAAUCAAAUGAGAAAGAGAAGAAAAAAUCAAAGUUCAAGACACUGUUCUCCAAGCCUGGCUUGCAGAAGAACAACCUCUCCCAGUCUAUGUCUGUGCUACCUGCUCUUAAACCAGUAUCAGAGAGGGUUCGACUUAGACCCAGUGACUUUCAGUCAGAGUGGGGUGAUGACGAUGACGACGAUGACACUUUGACCCCAGUCUCAGAGAAACCAUCUACAAAUAAAACAGAAGCUAAUUUGCUUUAUCCACCAUCUGACAUGGCUCAUAAGAGAGCAAGUAGUGCAGAUAGUAAACAGUUAAACCAAAUGGCUGGUAGCAGUACCAAGAAGGAUUCACAUUCACUGUUUGGAGGCCUGAAGUCCAAAAGUGAUCCAGCUUCUCGAUCCAAUGUGUGUAUCAAUGGCAGCCACGUUUACAUGGAAUCAAAAAGUGAUACCCUUCCAAAAGACAGCACUCCAUCUUCCCCUUCAUCUCAAAUAUCUCAGAGAAAACGGCUCUUUCUGUCCCAGGAAAACCUAUCUUUUGAACCCAGUAAAGAACCUGAGAGCACUGGAAGAUUGCCCCCUGACAAAGUCCCACCUGGAUCUUCCUCGCUGGAGUCAUUUAAGGCCAUGACACUGCCAUCAUACAAACUGCUUAGUGGGGAGGAUUUGCUUGAAAGCCACACUCACACUCCUCCAGUUACUUCAGAUAUUCCGAAAGAAAUCAAAGAGAACAAAAAACAGGAUAACAAGAAACCUGGCUUGCUCUCUCUUGUGACAGGAAAAAAAGAAGCUAAAAUCAGUGAGGAGGGGGAGGAUAGUUCUGAUACCUCUCUAAAGGUGAAAGAAGUAAAACGUAAUGAAAAAGACUUGACAAAGAAAGAGACAAAUCCUUUUGAAGUCCCUGUGGAUCACAAAAGAGGACACGGUCCAGAGAAAAGCAAUGGAGCAAAUGUCUCAAAUACAAAGGCAUCCCUGAACCCUUUUAAUGAAGGCAUGGAAGAAGAGCAACUAGAAAAAAAACCAUUUGCUGUGAAACCAUCUCAGACCAAUCCUGUCAAACCCAGAUUGGGCGUGUCUUCAGAGGAUGAAACCAAAGCCACUUUGACUUUUCCUUUAUCUCCUCCUGAUUCUUCAUUCUAUCCUUUCUAUCACUCUAAUAAUGAGAACAACCCUUUUACCUCUAAAGAGAAAGCAGAGCAGAAAAGUCAGGAUUCUGAUAGGUUUGUUAGUGGUUUGACAAAUCUUUCUGCACAGCAUAACAGUAAUCCUUUCUCUGCGACAUGGGAAGAGCAAUCCAAAGAACAAGAUUCUGAUUCACCUGCAGUUUAUGGCAAAGAAAACAACCCCUUUUCUCCUCAGUGGGGUCAAGAAUCCCAGACAGAGGAUUCUGAAGACAAUGCUAGGUUCCCCUUUCAUUUCCAACAUCCUUCUGUAACUCCAGUUCUUGAUUCACAUCCUUUUCCUUCUCAGUUUUCUAAUGUAAAUAACCCUCUGAUAUCUGAGCAGGGAAAGGACUCUGAAAGCUUGAACAGUGCUUCUGUAUCCUUCACUUCUCCCUCUCUAAUUCCAAAGCUUUAUGAUUCCAAGCUUCAGGUUGUGCCUUCAGAGGGGCCUCAGAAUGAAAGUGAGACUAAUCUAACAGAUCCUGUAUCCAGUUCUCCUGAAUCUAACACUGCAUGCUUUUAUGACCAUGUUGAAAUGAUACCAAAGACUCAAGCUGAUGAGAAAGUGGACAUAGUUCCCCCACUUAAAGAAAACAGUGCAAGAAAGAAGAAGUCAGUAAAAUUCGACCUCAGUAAGCCAAAAGAUAAUUUUGUAGUGAGUAGUGGUGAUGAAAUGUCAGAUGAAGAUCAAAUUGAGAGAUGGUCUGAUGAUGAGAAUGAUGAUGUGCUAAAAUCUAGUGAAAGGGAUAGGAGACAAGGACUUGAACUUAAUGUAGAGCUUGAUGUAGAGCCUGGUGCUUUUCUAUCCCAAGAUGGGAGAAUAAAUUCUGCUCAUAAUAGUGGGGAUGCUUUAGAAAAUGAAACUAAAUCCGGUUCUUUGUUUAACAUAGAACCACCAGUCCCAGUUCCAAGAGUCCUUGUGCCUAAAGAAACCAACAUGUCAAAGACUGAGUCUAGUAGCAGCUCUCCCUCUGUUCCUCCAAAGCCAGCACCAAGAAGUGCUCUGAAACAAAAAGACAUAUUCCAGCCUCAAAUCAACGUUUCAGAACUGGGUGAUGAACCUGUUUUUAAAGAGUUGUCUUCAGAUAAUUCAGUCUCCAGUGAAAAGUUAGCCAGUGCUAGUUCAUUAACAACUUCAGUCUCAACAGUAUUUCCAUUUACAAGAGAUGACAGCAAUAUGAAUCCUGAUCAAAGCAUUAAUCAACCUAACCAUGUAAUAAACACACAGGCUUUUAUUUUAUUUACUGGAGAGCCGAAUUUAAAAGCCUCUGCUCUUCCUGUUAUUCCAGAAGUAGGUUCAGAUGAUGAACAGCUGAGUCAUUAUCAUCAGAAUACUGAAAAGAUGGUGGCUUGUGAAGACUCACCAAGGAGUGGGAACGAUUUCAGAGAGAGAGAGCUAGCAUCAGAUGCAAAGGCUACUGGUGAGGUGCAAGCUGUAUCAUUUCUUGUGAAAGCAAAUGGUCCAGAUGAUGCUUUAAAACCCAAUGAGUCAUUGGUCAGUCCUUCAGCAGUAACACUUCAGAAUGCAAGGGGACUGGAACAGAGGGACAAUAGUGUUAAGGAAAAUAGGCAGCAUGAUUGUCUUGAGUUCUCCAGUAAGUCUGUUCCUCUUUCCAGUUCUUCUCAGUCUUACUCUGUCAGUUCUUUCCAGUCUGAUGGUCUUGGCUGUAAUGACACAGAAUCUCUGAAAACAGCUACAACAGAGGGCUUGGAUGCCAAAGUGGAGAUAUCUGGCCAGAAGAAGCAGCUUCAGGCAUGGGUUUCACCCUCUGAAACAUAUCCCAAUCAAACUCCACAGAAUGGUCGAACAUAUCCUCCUAAGAUCAGACUUCUUCCUGUAAAGCCAAUGAAUGGUACGACAAGCAAACCACCAGCAAAAGCUUUGAACAUAGCUACUAAGAUUGUGGAUAAACAGAAUGAAGUCAAUCUAAAGAAGUAUGAUCCUUCAGAUCCUGCCUAUGCUUAUGCUCAGUUAACUCAUGAUGAGCUGAUCCAGCUGGUCUUGAAGCAGAAAGAUGUGAUUGCAAAGCGAGAUCUCCAGGUGAGAGAACUGGAAGACUACAUAGAUAACUUGCUUGUCAGAGUCAUGGAGGAAACGCCUAACAUUCUUCGGGUUCAAGCCUACACAAACAAGAAAGCUGGAAAGAUGUGAAAAGGCAAUUCUUACUGGAAAAGAACUUCUUUUGCUUCAAGUAGAGUGUAUUGUUUAAAUAAUGAUUGCUUGUACCAAAAACAAAUGGGGGUUGCUCUUCUCUUAGGCUAAAGAUAGUGACUUGCCUUGUCUUGGAGACCAGUUAAUGAAUCCGUAUAAUCCAAAAUGACAAUCAUAUUAUGCAAGCAAAAACAGUCUCAUAUGUUUGAAUACACUGUAUAUAUUUUGCUGCUCAAUCAAGGUUAAAAGCCUUUGAUUCUGGUACUGUGGAAGGAGGUGUGGGCCAGUUUUCAGCUGUGAAUUAGAUUUGUAACCGGGACAUUUUAAAGGGCUUUUGUUUUAAAUUGGGUACUUUUUCUGUGGCUCUCAAACCCAAGCUUUUGACUUGACUUUUUGAAGGGUAUUUUAAGUAUUAGGCUAAUAUAAGCAUUCAUAUUCUAGAGAUACCUAAUUAGAGACACAUAAAUCAUCAUGAAGUGCCUUAUUUUGAUAAGAGUUUCUGGAAAAUAAGGAACCUAGGUGCCCUUUCAAUACUUAAACCAGCACAACAAGUCAGUGAAAGUUUUGCUGCACUACUCCAUUGACUUAAGGAUUGUUUAAGUCAAUCCUCUAACAAUGUUCUAACCCAUUUGUCCAGCUGCAGUUGUUUCAAAUUCUGUGGUUGCUCCUGUUCAUAAAGCUAAAGUGAAACAUCUUUCACUAACGUAUGUAAGAGGUUCAGGCGGAGUUCUGAGUAUACUCAUCCGCCUUCAAAACUUGUUUACUUUUCUUAAGUCACUUUAUUUAGAAAAGUUUCAAUACAGGCCUUCAGUUUGCAUACACUCCAAUGUUGAUGAUUUCUGAUUGAGGUGAAAGUCAUUCUGGAGACUUAAAAAUGUAACCAGGGCUUGGAACCUAGUAGUAUAUUGGUGUCCUUGUAUUGCUCAUGUGAAGAUUCUUAGCAGUCUACCAUCUUGCUCCCCAGCUGAACUGGACACCUUCCUCAUAGACAUAAAAGGAAAGUUGUCAGCUCUUUCUAGGCUGCUAUAAUUGUUACAAACUGUGGCUGCACCUGCAUUAUCCUUCUGUAACUUAAUGCCCUUAAGGAAGCUAAAGACUAAAUUGCGAAGAGACAUCAUUUAUAUAACAUAUGAAACAGGUUGGACUUUCUUCUUAUUUCAGUUAUUAAAAGAUUAUUUAUACUAUGUAUUAUAAAGUUGUGGGCAGAAUCUAGGUAAAAUACAGCUUUUAAAAAUUUCAUUGACUUCCUAAAUAGAUUAUUAAGGGGAUGUGCAAACCGGCCUUAAAGGCCGUCUUGGGGCGGAGUCGGGGCAUGGUGUCCACAUGACAUGUCACGGUGUGACAACAUGUGCCACUCCACAUGGUGCAUGGCGUCACAGUGCUCCUCUGGCACUGUGUCCGCAUGACACAGUGCCGAAGGGGUGCCAUAAAGCCAUGGCUAUCGUGUCCUUUGCAGGGCUCAAAAGGAGCCACUUUUUGAGGCUCCUUUUUGCACCCUGCAAAGGCCAGAUUGGGGCAGUGGCGUGUUGCUGCCGUGACCCCGAUCUGGCUGUAAAAAGAGGCAGCUGGAGGCCACUUCUUUGGGGCUAUCUGCGCAGCCCCUUAUUUUUCUUUCAAGAAAUACCAGAAUGAACAGUGUACCUAAUUUGUCCUGAUGUUUUGCUGGGUUGUGCUCUGCAGUAAAGAACAAGUAGUUUAAAUUCAGUGAGAUUUUAUGAUGAAUCAAAUGGGGAAACCAGCAUGUGUUUUUGUUUCUGCUUUGCCCUUUUACUUUUUUGGACCAGACAUUGCUCCAUUGCCUGGAUUGAUUGUCCACAAGUCAUAGGUUUUAGUAUGUUUCAUGAUCAAAACAAAGCUUCCUUUAUUGUUGUUAAAUGUUGAGUGAAAUCUAUUAUUUCGUAUAAUACAGAAUAUUAAUGUUAAAUUGUGUAUUAAUUGAAUAGACUAUAGAAAAUGUAAAUAAUACAAAGGCUUUUUGUUAACCUAGGGCAGUAGUGGAAAUGGGGAGCUUAUAGUUGAUCCUCAUGACUUCUCUGUCUAUACAAGUAGUUGUUCACUCACAAAAAUGGUGCAGUUUAAUACCAUAAUACUGCUUUUAGGUCCCCAUCCUGGAACAACUGGAAAGCCCUAAAAAUUGACCAGAGGUGAUGAGAAAUGAUUUACAGUUCUUGAAAAUGAUGGCAGUGGGGCCCCAGAGGAGUUGGAAAGGGUCCUCCCCGUCUCUGGAUGCCCACUCCCAAAUUAGAGCUUAGCUCUGUACACUUCACUUUCCAUCCAGUUAUAUCCACAAACUAAUGUGCAUUCGCUUAUACAGUCAGUUAAAACUUAAAAAUUUAAAAUCUUUUUUUAAACUAUAAUUUUGACUUCCAGAAGAUAGGAUGCAGAUGCUCCAACAACAGUUAGAAUGUUGUUAGUCUUUGAUGAGUUUUUAAACUGUAAUUUUUACUAUAGCUAUUAUUUCUUCCUUCCCUAUGCACUUUAAAAGAGGGAUGAGGUUGUCAUUGAAUACCUUCAGCCCUGUCAUUGCGUUCAGUCGUAACACUGGAUUAUAAGCUUGUCAGCUCAAAUCAAAGAUCUUGAUGUUUCCUGAAUGGUGCACUUUUAAUCGAUCUUGGUACUGUAUAAUCUGACUUGUGAUCACCAAAGAACAGGAAUAGCUUAAGCAUUCUCCAAAGAGAGGUGCUGUUCAUAUUACUUGCCACUAUGCAAUCAUAGCCUAACUAUUUAUAUUAGGGUUUUGAUGUAAAGUUAAGCCAUGUCUUUGAACAUACAGCUCUGAGUGUAGGGUUAUACAGUAUUCCCUCUUCUUGCCCUGAAUGGAGUGUGAUGUUUGUUCAAUAGACUUGUCCAUCUCUUCUCUCCUAAUGAAAUCCACUGACCAAGGCAUUUUGCCUUGGUUGUAUGUAGGUUAGAACUAGAACAAUGAUUCCAGAUGUUUGCAAGGAGAGAAACAGUCAGUUUAAGGAUUGUGCAAAGGCACAUUUUGCAUGUAAUGGCAACAUUCAGAUGCUUUGUCGUUUUCUAAAACCACCCAUAACACUGAAAUAGAUCACAAUUCUGUUUGAAGUUUCAUUUUAAAUAUCUUCAAUGUUUCUCUUAAGUUCUACUGGAGCCAUGGCUGCUAAUAUUGGGAGAAGAUAUUUUAUGAAAGGGGCCAUACUGGAAAAUCAUAUGUCUAGUGGGCAUAAUUUGCUUUGGAUAUUUGCUUUAACAGAGCAAUUCCAGUGAAUGGUUCUUUUGCAACAAGGGGAAUUGUACUAUUAAAAUCAGCUGUACACUCUCAGAAUGACAUUGGCCAACAAUAAUAGGGGAUUGCACUGGAAAACAUCUUAGUGGGUUGUUGAAAGCAUGUUAGUUCAUAACUUGCCCUAAAAUUCCCAGUGACCACGGCGGUUAGUAAACAACUUGUCACAUUGGGCUACAUGCAGAGCAAGCUGCUAUUGGGCCAAAAUGCCAGUAUGCCCUUUCAUACAAAUCUUUUAAUUAUAUAGUACUUGAUAAGAUUUGAGCAACAAGCAGCAAGGAUUGUGCCUUCUAAUCAGUGACUUAUCAGUACCUAUGAAUUAACAUCUGGACAUAGAAAUGCUAAGUGUGUUGUCAAGGGCAAGGAUACACAACUCACUUCCUCUUGUUACAUUCAUUUGCUCAGUGCUUAAUAUUGAAGGAUUGGAAUGUGUGUUAUAUUUUCUGCCUCAUUAUUCUUGGUACGUUUUAUACGAAGACCUUCAGCCUGAUGAAAUAUUAAAAUAAAGUUAUUUAAACUUGUGUGCA